CUUUGAAGAUGCCUAUGCUUUGUUCCAUCCAGGUAUGAUAUGACGGACAAAUUUGGAAAGCAAUGGGGGGAGGUCAAUGAUAUGAAGAGGGAACACAACUUGGAACAAUUUUGUGGGAUCAAUGAAGAGCAAAUGUUUGGGAUACAAAAAUGGAGGCGGAUCAUCCUAAACUACAGGCCUUUCAAAAGGCCUUGAACCAAGUUUUGAACAAACGUGUUGAAGAAACUGAACUGAAAAUAAAGGCUCUCAGACAAGAGAAGGAAGCCAAGGCCAAACUUAAGACUCAGAAGACCAAAGAGCUGUAUGAGGCUCAGAGCCUUUUGAAGAAAGAUGAAAAAAAAUUGAUGGCCAUCACCGAAGAACUCCACGAGGUCACUUUGGUUCGCCGAAAACUGGAACAUGAUAAUCAAGAGUUGGAACAAAUGGUCCAUUCGAAACUGAUUCAGUUGCGAGAAUCCGUUCAAAGGAAACAAAACCUGAAAGAUGCCUACAACCAAAUCUUGUACAAGCAGAUCCUCUUUGAAGCCCGUAGAGUGGAUGCGGCAGGCGAUGUGAAUGCCAGCAACACAAUGGCUGCAAAAACUGCGAAAGAUUUCAAUCAAAUCCAGGAGGAGAAACGACUACAAGAUCUUUAUUUGGAUCGUCUCCAACAAAAGAUCGAGGAUAUGGAGCGGCAAUCCUUGGAAUAUCGGGAGCAGACCAUAGCCGUCCAAGAACAAACGCAAGACAUGAAGGAUACGUUGCGCAAGGCUGAGGACGAGGUGGACAAUGUGAAAAAGGAGAAGAGUCUCUUGCUCCAAAAAUGGACCAACUCCAUAUUAAAUGUGUCCAAACAAGACGAAUCUAUCCAAAGCUUGCAAUCAACCUUGCACACCCAAGAGCUGGAUUUGAAACGGAUUAGGGCCGAGAUGGAUGGUACCAAAAAGGAGAUUGUGGAACAACAAGAAACCCAUGAACAGAAGACCUCUAUCGAGCAAAGGCUGGAAAAGCUGGCCUCCCAGAGAAAGGCUCAAAUCAAGCGAACGGAAGAAUCCAUCAAUGACGCAAGAACCGACUUGACAACGGCACAAGAGGCUCGUCGUAACACUUUGAACACAUUGGAAGCCACUGAGAGCGAAGUGAAACAGGUCGAGCAUCAAAUCCAGACCUUGAGAAAGAAUGUGGAGACUCUGGACAAAGACAAGAUUGAAUUGGAAGAUCAAAUCUUCCUGCUUUGUCGCGAUCAAAGUUGCGCCGAAAAAACCUCAAAAUACGCCGACAAGAUCGUCCAAACCCUGAGGAAUGAGAGAUCGGAUUUGGAGUCCAAAUUGGCAGAGUUUCAGAAUCAGCUGUCGGUGACCACUCAGAAGAUCUAUGAAAAGCAGGCCAUGAAUAGCUCCACUUUAGAUGAUGAGGUCAAGAUCAAACGUCAGAAUGACGUCUUGAACAAGACCCUGGAUAAACUGGAACAGAAGCUUACUCGAACGCAAGCCCUGAUCGACAAACGACAGAGUGCAAUUGACCUCAAGCAUAAAUUGAAGGCCGAGCUGACCGACGCGAAGACUGGUCAAGGUCUGAGUCCCUUGGAAAACGAGCUGAGACGAGUUCAGAUGGAAAUCACGGAUGUCACAGAAUUUUGCAACCAGGCCAAGAUCCAAUGGAUCAAGUACCAACAACAGUUCAUUGAACGGACCAAUGAAAGGAGCUCGCUGAACGAGAUCUUGAACGAGAAAACGCGGAAGUACUUGAUUUUGGAGGAGAAGAAACGGAAAUUGGAAAAGGAAAUGAUUGCCAUGGAACAGAGUGUGGACCAUAUUCAGCGACGAUUAGAAGCGAAAGAUGGAUAUGUGGGUCGGUUAAACGCUCAAAUUCAAAACGAACAGGCGCGUUACGAAGAUGGGCUGAAAAUCCUGGAGAGCAAAGAGAUAACCGAUCUUGAAGCUUUGGAAAGCGUCCAAAAGGCUGUGGAUGAUUUGCAAACAUGGGUCAGUGACCUGGACCUCGAAAUUGAGACUGAGAAGCAAAACGCUUUGGAAGCCGAAGCUCAAAUGGUGGAAUGGGAGGACAGGAUGAAAGCUUGCAAGGAUACUCACGACCUUAUCUCCAGUCAACGUGGUCGUGAAGGAGAACUUGAGGGACUGAGGAGCGAGGUUCAUAGAUUGCAAUUGCGUCUAGAACAGGUGGAACGACAGUCCAAGGUUCUCAUUGAAAACAUUCAAAACACUGUUCAACGAAGGGAGACUCUAGUGGACAAGGCUGCCAAUAACUCUCACCUUCAUCAAGCAAAGAAGCCUCAGUUGAGCAAAUCUAUGAUGAACAAGAAGAUUGAGGAUUUGAAAGCCAAGUUCAGAAAGGUUCAUAGAGAGGAGCAAGCUUUGAAACAGUUGUGCACGAGCAAAAAUUCUCGCCACGAAGACCUGGAACAGGAAUUGGAACAUCGAGGGAAGCUUUUGAAAUCGAUUCGACAAACCUCUGAAGAGAUUUCCAAAGAGAUAGAAGCUCAUCAUGAUUUGAAAGAUACGAAACUAGCUCAGAUUCUGCAGCUUCAAACUCGCUCCAAGUGGUAUCGUUCCGUGAAGGAGCGUAAAUACAAGAUGUAUUCCAAAUCUGAUGAGAAGUUCCAAGAUGAAUUGGAACAACUUCAAGAACAAAAUGCAAACCUGAAGAAGAGCGUAGAAGAGCUGGAACACGAAUUUCCUUAUCUUAAGACGAAUUUGAAACGAUUGCGCCUCAUGAUGUUGUAGCAAUGAUGAAUUUUAAUCAGGACUCGAAGUAAUGCGUUACGAGUAAAGGCGCUACUUUUUGAGUAGCGCUACCGGUAACUCGUUUCUUUCCUGAAAAAGUAACGGUAAUUGUAAUGGAACGGUUGUUUUAGCCGUCCCGUUACCUUUACUUUCUUCUCUACUUAACGAGUGAUUUUUUUUUAGAUUCCCUCUCAAAUGUAAUGAUUUAUUUGCCAAUGAUGGGGUCAAAUAAAUAAUCGCAGGAGUCAUUUG